CUCUUUAUAUAAACACCCACCACUGUUCUUCAAAGCCUCACAAACUGAGGGUUGGUGGGUGCCACGUCUUGAGCCACCGAAGUCAUUCUUGGCAUUCCGGUACAAUGGCCUCAAGCGCCGCCGCAGACGGGCUCUUUCGACCUAUCUACGAGGGCAGCAUCUCCGCCUACGACAACGACGUAGAGCGCCGCCCCUAUCACCGCAACUGCAGCUGCGCGCUCCACAGCAAGUCUGGCCGCGGCAAACCCUGCCGGAACAAAUCGCAGCGCUGCAACAGCGUUUCAUAUCCCAUGAGGCGGGCCUGGAGCGAAGGGAGCUUGCUCUUGUCGACCUCCGCGCAUUCCUCUCCCUCUUCCUCCCCCGCCGCGCCCAGGCCUCAACACGAAGAAGAGGGACAUAGUCACAAAUUAGAGGUUUUAUUUGAGAUGUAAUGUAAUCAUUAACCACCCUCUUUUUGAUAAAAAAUAACUCUUUUUCUUUUGUUUCCUCUUUUCAUUUUCGAAUAAUAUGAGUCCUUUUCGAUUAAGGUCUUGGUAAUACUUUUAAGUAAAGUGGAAUCAUUUGUUCAAGGUUGUCGUGGGUUUGUAUUCAUUUAUAUGCCAUUUUGCUUCUGGGGAUUCCUGAUCAAUUUGGUAGGUUCUGAAUCCCACUAUCAAGUUCUUGUAAGGAAGCUAAUUAUUUUUUAUUAAUAUAUUGAUCUUUUAGUGUAUA